AUGGCAGUGGAGAAGCAAAGGAUGCCUGCGGUCGACUCGGCAGUGAUUUGGCGGCAAGCGGCUAUCGACUGGCGGAGUGGUCGGUUCUUCAACAGCCUCGUUGACAACGAGAAGAGGGAGAACGAAGAACGAAUGCGGCUGUGGAGAUUUUGUCCGCUUUUUUUUAAGAUUUGGUUAGAAGAGAUGAGAAGAGCCAAGCCUAAUGUUGUGUGGGGCAGAGAACGGGAAGAGAACUCUUUAAUGGAAAACAGUGUCUCUGGUAAUCUCAACUAUGCUACAUCCCAAACACCAUCGGGACAUGGAUCAUAUUCUUUCCAUGUCGCACCACUAAAGCUUAUAGACGCCCUUUCCAUUAACAUAGAUGAGGAUGAUUACUUAUCCAAUCAUACUAGUGAGCAUUUUACUCAACCACCACCUUCUGCUGAUUCACCUUCUGGUAACCCCAACAAAAGGGCUAAACCCUCAAAUCCUAGACCUCGAGCUCCUAGUGCCUCACCUAAACCUCUAUUACUACUGAUGAUCUAG